AUGGGAAACUCUGCUCAGCCCGUUGUGGAAGGCGUGGACAAAGUGAUUCCGAAGAUGACUUCCAGGAAAGAACUAACAUUGAAUAACGUGUUGUAUGUUUUGGACUUGAGGAAGAAUAUGGUGUAUGGCUUAUUGCUGAACAAGCAUGGCUUCAAGAUGGUCUUCGAUUUGAUGCAUCUUAUGAGUUGUAUUAGGCCUGAUAUUGCCUUUGCUGUAAGAAAACGCAGUAGAUAUACGAGUAACCCCAGUGAGAUUCACUUGAAGGCAAUAGUAAGGGUUAUGAGAUACUUAAGGUAUACUCGUGACCUUGGACUGCACUAUGCGAGAUAUUCUGUUGUACAUGAAGAGUAUAGCGACGCUAGCUCGAUAUCGGAUAUAAAGGAUUCUAAAUUCAUGAGUGGUUAUGUGUUUACACUAGCCGGUGCAGCCGUUGCGUGGAAGUCUUCCAAGCAAACAGUAAUAGCCAGGUCCACGAUGGAAUAUGAAAUGAUUGCCUUGGACAAGUGCUAUGAAGAGUCUGAAUGGCUACGCCAUUUUUUGGAUGAUAUUCAUAAUUGGUAA